AUGGAUCAGGUAUUCUCAUUGCUUGAAUCCGAGGAUCGAGUCAACUUGAUUUCGGUCCCACUGGUGGAAGGGGAUACCAAAUACCCACAAUUGGUUUGCGGCUUGUAUUCCUUUUUGCAACCAUUAGCUCCUAAUAAGGAAAAUGCAUUCAAUCCGUGCUUUGUAUCAUGGCUUUACAUUGCAAUAGCUGUAGUGUUUGGUACAUUUGGUUUAGUUGAGCUUUUCCUUAUUUUCAAAAAGAGAACUUGGUACGGAAACUUGCUCCCCAGGAAUACUGGAUUCAACCAUUGGUUAAGAUGUAAUUCUGUUUUGAUCCAGGCGUUAUUGUACGUGGUCUUAACCUUUACCUCGACGAACAUUCAUGCGAGGUAUGCUGACUUUAAGAUAUUGGCCCAAAUUCUUAUUUCAAUUGUAUUGGCUUUCGUGAUAUUGCCUUUACAUUUCGUAGAAGUUGUUGUCAGUCCAACCCCAAGCACUCUUUUGCUUGCAUUCUGGCCCAUUUUAAUCAUAUUACAGGUGGUAUUAUUAUUCCAGGAUAAUUAUACCAAUUGGCCCUUACUCUCAGCAAGAUCUGACAUCUUCUUGUUUGCAUUGGAAAUUUUUUCAAUUUUCAAUUCUGUUUCAAUUUUGUUCUACGAAACAUUACAGUGGAAACCAAGUCACAAAUUGAUCCACUCUUUCAAAUUAGAAGGAUGGGAUUACCUACUUGAAAAGCCCAACUUAUACUCGGUUAUGACCUUCACUUGGAUGAAUCCUCUUAUCCAAAAGGCGUUUAUCAAUAAGACUUUGACAACCGAUGAUUUACCUAGUAUUUCACAUGAACUCUCAGCAGAGUUGGAAACUGCCAAGCUAAGAAAACAUUACACUAUGGAAUCCACGGGCAAUAAGAAGAGAAGUUCUUGGAAAUUAUUUGUGCUGUUGUCGUUAGCAUUUGGAAAUCUUGUAUUUUUGGCAUUUUCAUGUGAAAUGGGCUCUCUGGUGUUGGCCUUUGUUCAACCUCAAUUGUUAAGACAUUUAAUCAGGUUCUUCAGUGAAUUUGAGGAAAGUGGAGGUAAUGAGCCAAUCCUUCGUGCAUUGAUCAUUGCUCUUUCAAUGUUCUCAGUUACCAUUAUGCAAACAUGGUUUGAUAACCAAUACAUGAUUUUAAUCUUGAAGGCAGGCUUGGGUUGCAGGUCUUCGUUAACAUCGCUUCUUUUUCAAAAAUCGUUGAUUCUUUCGGCUGAAUCAAAAUCAAAAUACGCUACUGGUGAUAUUGUUAAUCUUGUAUCUACUGAUGUGGACAGAAUUCAACAAAUUACUCAAAACAUUCAAACUAUAGUCGUAGCUCCAAUUGAGCUUAUUCUUUGUUUGGUCUCACUCUACUACUUAGUCGGAUGGAAGCCUACUUUAGCAAGUUUUGCAGUGCUUUCAAUUCUAGUACCAUUGAAUUCAUUCGUCAUCAAAAUUCUGAAAAGGCUCAGAAAAUCUCAAAUGAAAUUUACUGAUUUAAGAAGUCGUACUAUAAAUGAUAUAUUGACUUCCAUAAAAAGUAUAAAGCUUUAUUCGUGGGAAGAACCAAUGAAUAAGAAGUUGCAGGAAGUUAGAAUCAACCAAGAAUUGAAAAACUUGAAGAAAAUUCGUUAUGUCAACAUCUUUGGUAAUUUGAUUUGGAUCCUUAUACCAUUUUGUCUUACAUUUACCACGUUUGCAACCUUUGCCCUUACACUGGAUGUUCCAUUAACGUCGGAUAUUGUAUUUCCAACUUUAUCUCUUUUGAAUAUGUUGUCUGGUCCACUAUUACAAUUACCAGGUGUCAUUACUCAAUUAGUUGAUACCUCCGUUUCUUUGAAUAGAAUUGCAGACUUUUUAGUUUCGUCAGAAAUUGAUGUUACAAUCAUUGCGAAGUUACCUAAGGCAGAUAAGAAUGAUGACAUUGUUGUUGAGAUUAAGAAUACUUCAUUCCUUUGGGAGAAACCUGUAGAUCCGGGAAGAAAAGACGUUGAAGAUGGAGAAGAUCUCGAAUCCAAUGUUACUUCAAUAAAAUAUGCACUUAAAAACAUUAAUUUUAGGGCCAAAAAAUCACAAUUAAAUUGCAUUGUGGGAAAAGUUGGAAGUGGUAAAUCUACGUUUCUUACAUCGAUGUUGGGUCAGUUGGAAGCAAUCAAUAGUAUUGAUGCAUUCAACAGGUUACCAGAAGUCUCAAUUCGUGGUUCGAUCGCUUAUUGUGCUCAAUCGCCAUGGAUUAUGAACUCUACUGUAAAAGAUAAUAUUUUAUUUGGACAUGAAUAUGACGAGGCCUUUUAUCAGAAGACAAUUGAAUGUUGCCAAUUAGGACCUGAUAUCAAAGUAUUACCUGAUGGAGAUGCAACGUUCGUUGGGGAAAAAGGUAUUUCACUUUCUGGGGGACAAAAGGCAAGAUUAUCUUUAGCGAGAGCAGUUUAUGCAAGAAGUGAUGUUUAUUUGCUAGAUGAUGUUUUAUCAGCUGUUGAUAGUCACGUUGGAAAGCAAAUCAUUGAAAAGGUGUUGUCAAGAGAGCUGGGAAUUUUAAAGACCAAGACUAUUAUCUUGGCUACAAAUUCCUUACUGGUAUUAAAUUAUUCAAACUCUAUUGAUUUAUUAGAAAGAGGUGAAAUAGUAGAAAGUGGAACAUUCAGUGGAAUUUUGGCAAACGAAGGAAAAAACGGCAAGUUAUAUACUUUGUUAAAAGAAUUUGGAAAACAUGGUUCAAGUGCCACGCCUUCAGCCACUCCAACGCCUAUACCUUCAACAGUUCCUUCAACGGCCACUUCCGAUAACGAGGAGGAUGAAGUAACUAAUGCACUUACUAGAACUAUUUCAAGUGCCACUUUAGAGGGAGCAACGUUAGCACCAUUCAAAUGGGAGUCUUUGUCAAAUAUAUUUCACACCAAACCUACUAAUAAUGCUCCCACUAAAGAUCAAAGUCUCAAUACUGUGACAGAAGAGGUCACAGUACUGAGGACCAAUAAGACUAUCGAAAAGCAAGCGAUUGGUAGUGUGAAAUGGCAUGUUUACAAAGAAUAUAUUGAUGCGUCUUCCCGAACCGGCUCCAUCAUUUGGAUUAUCUCACUCAUCAUUUCUUGUUCAUUUUCAGUUGCCUCUAAUUAUUGGUUAAAGAAUUGGGCAGAACUGAAUUCAAAUGCUGGUGACAAUAAAGAUGCAAUCAGAUAUAUCGGAAUUUAUGCACUCCUAGGAUUCAGCAGUAGUCUUUUCAUUCUUAUCAGAAGUGGUCUCUUGUGGACAUUUUUAUCAAUCAAUGCUUCAAGAAACAUCCAUGAUAGGAUGUCGAAGUCAAUAUUUUCAGCUCCUAUGUCAUUCUUCGAAAGAACGCCUAUUGGAAGAAUAAUGAAUAGAUUUACAAGUGAUAUUAAUAGAGUGGAUGAUGUCUUACCAAGAGCUUUUGGAGGAUUCUUUAAUUCAACAAUGAACACCUUAUUCACCUUAGGUGUAAUUGCUGUCGUUGUUCCACCCUUCAUACUUGUCAUUGCAGUUUUGUCACUUGCCUACUUUUAUUACCAAAAAUACUUCCUGUCUAUCUCUAGAGAAUUGAAGAGAUUAACUUCUGUGUCAAGGUCUCCCAUCUAUGCUCAUUUUCAGGAAACUUUGAAUGGUGUCGAUACUGUCAGAGCUUUCAAACAAUUUGAUAGAUUCAAAUAUUUAGAUGAUGCUAAUCUUGACUUUAAUUUGAAAUCCCUUUACAUGUUGAGGUCAUCAAAUAGAUGGUUAUCUUCAAGGUUACAAUUUAUUGGUUCAUUGUCUAUUCUUUCAGUCAGUAUUCUAUCCAUUUUAACUUUAUUAACGAAAUCACCUUUGAGUGCCGGAACUGCUGGUUUUGUUAUGACAUAUGCAUUGCAAACUGCGAACUCUUUGAGUUUCGUUGUUAGAAUGUCUGCUGAAGUUGAGUCAACUAUAGUUGCAUUUGAAAGAUGUUUAGAAUAUUGUGAGUUACCAGAAGAACAGAACGAAGAUGUUGGGCAAUAUGAGGAAUUACCUGAGCUAUUUCCCUCAGAAGGUGCCAUUAAAUUUGUUAACUAUUCUACCAGAUACCGUAAGAACCUUGAUCUCAUUCUAAAGAAUGUUUCAUUUGAAAUUAAGGGAAAGGAAAAAAUUGGAGUAGUGGGUAGAACAGGAGCAGGUAAGAGCUCUUUAACUUUAGCCCUCUUCAGAAUCAUAGAAGCUGUGGAAGGAAGUAUUUUCAUUGAUAAUGUGGAUAUCUCCAAGUUAUCGGUCUAUGCUUUAAGACAACAUCUACUGAUCAUUCCACAAGAUUCACAGGCUUUUGAAGGAACCGUUAGACAAAACUUGGAUCCGUUCAACAAUUAUUCAGAUGAAGAGAUUUGGAAAGUAUUGGAAUUGGCGCAUUUAAAGGAUCAUAUUCAAGAAGUUCUGCAACAUAAAGAACCAAAUGCUAAUGAAAGCGAAUCUGGCAACAAUGGGUUGCUAUUCAAAAUAACUGAAGGUGGAUCGAACUUCUCUGCUGGACAGCUUCAAUUAAUGUGUUUAGCCAGAGCUUUACUUAACAAGUCUAAAAUUAUAGUCCUCGACGAAGCUACUGCUGCAGUUGAUGUACAAACAGACAAAAUUAUUCAAGAUACGAUUAGAAGUCAUUUUAAAGAUAGAACUAUCAUAACUAUUGCUCAUAGGUUAGAUACUGUUAUGGAUAGUGACAGAAUUAUUGCACUUGAUCAUGGAGAAUUAAAAGAAUUUGACACCCCUGAAAAUUUACUCAACAACAAAGAUUCCAUAUUUUAUAACUUAUGCGAACAAGGUGGAUAUUUAAAGUAA